AUGGCAGCACUCGUGAAGGCGGUUAACGCCAAGAUCCGGUCAAACCCGUAUGUGAGCUACUUCUGCUCAACGCACUUCUGGGGCCCGGCGUCCAACUUCGGUAUCCCUGUGGCGGCGGUGAUGGACACCCAGAAGAGCCCUGACCUGAUCUCGGGCAAGAUGACAUUUGCGCUUGUGAUCUAUUCGGCGACAUUUAUGCGCUACGCGAUGGCAGUCCAGCCAGCGAACUACCUCCUCUUCGCCUGCCACUUUGUCAACGAGGGCGCGCAGCUGACACAAUUCUACCGGUAUUUGAACUACAACAACUGGGACGUCACCGGCAAGAGCGGCAACAAGAGCGUGCCGGGCGUGCUGGAGGCGGCCCAAGCCAAGGUCGCGGAUGCCGUGAAGAAGUAA